GACAGAUGCAGUUUUAUACGCUGCACACCAUCAAAAACAGUUUAAACCAUUCAGCAUGUGGACAGCAAGAGUCUUUGGUUUCUGCAUCUGUACAUUCUGUCUGCUGGACAUUAGUUGCACUGUCACUGAGAUUGGAUAUGAGGGAGAAGACUUUACGUUUCACGUCGGAUACCCAUCGCACUACGAGGGAAAAAGCAAGUACUUCGGCAGAUCAGAUGGAUUAUUCUUUAAGAAACUGGUUCAGACCACUGAAUCCAACAGGUGGACCAGACAAGGACGAUUCGCUCUUCUUGACAACACAUCCGCGCACUUUCUUACCGCCACCAUCUUCGGACUGAUCUCAGAGGAUUCUGACGUGUACACCUUCGGCGUAGAUGUUAAAAUGCUGCCUGAUCCCGAUACUGAAAUACAACUAACUGUCAGAAGAAAAGGUGAACCACAGAGACCCACAACAUCAUUACCAAGAGUGGUUGUCAGCAGCACAAACAGUCCUGCAAACAUCACAGCACAGAACUGGGCCGAGACAGGAGAACAGGAACCUUACCUCUGGUUUGUGACCGCGUUGAGUCUGGUGUGUGUCGGCACACUUCUAGUUGUGUGUCCAUUCGCUCUGUUUAAGGUUUUUAAAUGGGCCGCCACCUGCAAGCUGUCAGUUUCUGUGUCUUAUCACACCAGGACAACAUCAGAUCACAUUGUUGAUGAUUAUCUGAAAAUGAGCCCAGUCGUACUUUCAAACUCAUCCAUGGCUCAAAGGGAGAAAGGUUCUUUUGUCGAGGAUAUUCACAGACUUACAAACACACAACAGACCCACAGCAAAGACGCCAACUACAUUGAUUCUGCUCCAGCAGAGAGUCUGGAUCAGAUCUACACAGAAAUGAACCCUGGUUUUGCUCAAGAGUCGAUUUAUUACAGUAUCGAUCAGAUUACUGGCUGACAACAUGCAGCCUGUCCUUUUUUCCCCUUAAUAAUUUUAAUAUGUUCUUAUAUGUUGGGGUCAAUAAGUCUCUUAUUCUCACAAAGGCUGUGUUUAUUUGAUGAAAAAUUAAAUCAAAACAGCAAUAUUUCUACGUGAAUCUAUUGUAAACCGUAAUUAAUUCCUGUGAUCAAAGCUGAUUUUAUUUUUCUAACAAUGUAAAGGUAUUUUUUUACUAUCACUUUUGAUCAGUUUAAUCUGUGAAAGUAUUAAUUUCAGUAAGAAAUGUUACCCCAAACUUGUGAAUGGUAGUGUGUAUAUAAAGAAAAAUAA